AGAGGCUGUGUGAGAAGCUGCAGCCGCCGGCAGAGGAGACCUCAGCAUCAUCUAGAGCCCAGCGCUGGCCCUGCCUCCGCCUGCCCCGCCGCCGCCGCCGUUUCUGUUCCUGCUACUGUCUCACCUAAACAACUCCCGUUACACGGACAAGUGAACCUCUGUGGCCGUCUUCUCCUCCUCUUCUUCCUCCUCCUCUUCCAACUUCUCCUCCUCCUCCCACUUCCCAGCCGCAGCAGAAAGCCCCCCACCCAACUGACACUGGCACCACUGCAAACGGUGUCAACUGCACAACUUUAUCUCGCUCCUCGGGCUCCCCUAAGGCAUCGGGCCCGUCGCUUCGUCUUAUUUUUCGCAAGGUUGCAUCGCUCUGCAUCUUUUCGCACCCGCCACCUCUCUCUGCCUCUCGAGUGUCCUGCCGCCCCGCAGCCUCCUCCUGGAGCUGCGCCCUAGUGCCCCUGCUGGGCAGUGGCGUUCCCCUCCGUCCUCCCGCGCCCAGCCCCUGCCGCGCGGGGCAGACGAUGCUGAAGAUGCUCUCCUUUAAGCUGCUGCUGCUGGCCGUGGCUCUGGGCUUCUUUGAGGGGGAUGCUAAGUUUGGGGAAAGAAGCGAAGGGAGCGGAGCGAGGAGGAGAAGGUGCCUGAAUGGGACCCCCCCGAAGCGCCUGAAGAGGAGAGAUAGGCGGAUGAUGUCCCAGCUGGAGCUGCUGAGUGGGGGAGAGAUGCUGUGCGGUGGCUUCUACCCUCGGCUGUCCUGCUGCCUGCGGAGUGACAGCCCGGGGCUGGGGCGCCUGGAUAACAAGAUAUUUUCUGUUGCCAACAACACAGAAUGCGGGAAGUUACUGGAGGAAAUCAGAUGUGCACUUUGCUCUCCAUAUUCUCAGAGCCUGUUCCACUCACCUGACAGAGAAGCCUUGGAAAGAGACCUGGCACUUCCCCUGCUCUGCAAAGACUAUUGCAAAGAAUUCUUUUAUACUUGCCGAGGCCAUAUUCCAGGUUUCCUUCAAACUACUGCUGAUGAAUUUUGCUUUUACUAUGCAAGAAAAGACGGUGGCUUGUGCUUUCCAGAUUUUCCAAGAAAACAAGUCAGAGGACCAGCAUCUAACUCCUUGGACCAGAUGGAAGAAUACGACAAAGUGGAAGAGAUCAGCAGAAAGCACAAACACAACUGCUUCUGUAUUCAGGAGGUUGUGAGUGGGCUGCGCCAGCCUGUCAGCGCCCUGCAUAGCGGGGAUGGCUCACACCGUCUCUUCAUUCUGGAAAAAGAAGGUUACGUGAAGAUCCUUACCCCCGAAGGAGAAAUUUUCAAGGAGCCUUAUUUGGACAUUCACAAACUUGUUCAAAGUGGAAUAAAGGGAGGAGAUGAAAGAGGACUGCUGAGCCUUGCAUUCCAUCCCAAUUACAAGAAAAAUGGAAAGCUCUACGUGUCUUAUACCACCAACCAAGAACGGUGGGCUAUGGGGCCUCAUGACCAUAUACUGAGAGUCGUGGAAUACACAGUAUCCAGGAAAAACCCCCAUCAAGCUGACCUGAGAACAGCCAGAGUGUUUCUUGAAGUUGCAGAGCUUCACAGAAAACACCUGGGAGGCCAGCUGCUCUUCGGUCCCGACGGCUUUUUGUACAUCAUCCUUGGUGAUGGGAUGAUCACACUGGAUGAUAUGGAAGAAAUGGAUGGGUUAAGUGACUUCACGGGUUCUGUGCUGCGGCUGGACGUGGACGCAGACGUGUGCCACGUGCCUUAUUCCAUCCCCAGGAGCAACCCGCAUUUCAACAGCACCAACCAGCCCCCCGAAGUGUUUGCCCACGGCCUCCACGACCCCGGCAGAUGUGCUGUAGAUCGACAUCCCACUGAUAUAAACAUCAAUUUAACAAUACUUUGCUCAGACUCCAAUGGGAAGAACAGAUCAAUAGCCAGAAUCCUACAGAUAAUAAAGGGGAAAGAUUAUGAAAGUGAGCCAUCACUUUUAGAAUUCAAGCCGUUCAGUAAUGGUCCUUUGGUGGGCGGAUUUGUUUACCGAGGCUGCCAGUCUGAAAGGCUGUAUGGCAGCUACGUGUUUGGAGACCGAAAUGGGAAUUUCUUAACUCUCCAGCAAAGUCCUGUGAGCAAGCAGUGGCAAGAAAAACCACUCUGUCUUGGCAACGGUGGUUCCUGUCGAGGUUACUUUUCAGGUCACAUCCUGGGAUUUGGAGAAGACGAAUUAGGUGAAGUUUACGUCCUAUCUAGUAGCAAAAGUAUGACCCAGACUCACAAUGGAAAACUCUACAAAAUUGUGGAUCCCAAAAGACCUCUGAUGCCUGAGGAGUGCAGAGCCACGGUGCAGCCCGCCCAGACCCUGACGUCGGAGUGCCCCCGGCUGUGUCGGAACGGCCACUGCACCCCCACCGGCAGGUGCUGCUGCAGCCCCGGAUGGGAAGGCGACUUCUGUAGAAUCGCGAAAUGUGAGCCAGCGUGUCGCCAUGGUGGUGUCUGUGUUAGACCCAACAAGUGCCUCUGUAAAAAAGGAUAUCUUGGCCCUCAGUGUGAACAAGUGGACAGAAACCUCCGCAGAGUGACCAGGGCAGGUAUUCUUGAUCAGAUCAUUGACAUGACAUCUUAUUUGCUGGAUCUAACAAGUUACAUUGUAUAGUUUCUGGGACUGUUUGAAUAUUCCUUUCCAAUGGGCAUUUAUUUUUUAUCCUGUCAUUAAAAAGAACGACUGUUAUCCUGCUACACACUCCUGUGAUUUCAUUUUCUUUGAUUAAUUUAAAAGUCAUUUCCAGAAAUGUGCAGAUCCCGUGUGUGUAUAUUGGCACGUUUGUUCACAUAUGCACGUACACACACACACUCACAACCCCUAGGCGUGUGGUUGCAUAACAGAUGGGUUUUAAAAAUAUAUAUUGCCCUGUGUGGAGUAAUUUAUCCGGAAAUUCCAUUGUAAAUUGAUAACGGAAUUUUUAUGUCACUAGAAGAGAUUACAUGACUUCCCAGGAAUUUUCUGUCUGUAAUCACUAAAGUCAACUUCGACGGAGUUUUAAAACAUUACUGUGCAAUCUGAUGGAUUUAAUUUAAAAAAGGCCAUAUUUUUAUAUUAAAGGACUAUGAUAUAAGAGAAUGUUUCAGAACUCCCUGAGGAACUUCUGAGUGGGCAACGAUAUAAAAUUGUAAUCUUCAUUUUUGUUAUUAUAUCCAAUUGCAGAAUGUUACGCACUUACCUUUCUAUUGGUGGAGAAAUCUGGUUCCCCCAGCUUAAUUUCAAGAUUGUUUUCAAGUGUUUUAUAAUUAAAUCAGAACAGCAUAUUCUAAAAUCAGCCCUCCUAAAAGGUCUGCUUUUAUUGUAUAGUGUAUUUAACAAGAGGCACUGGGUUUGUGUUACAUAUUUAUAUUUUGUAUUUUAUUUUUAUAAUAUAGACGUCACCUAGAUGAAACACCUAUGCCCUGUCCUGUAAAAUACUAAGGUUACAUUUGUCACCAACUUAAUUGGAAAGAAGGGGCGUGAGAAAGCAAACAGCCUUUAAUGUGCUGUGGCUCUAAUCUAGCAAUGUGUCCCUGUGCCAACAUGUAAUCAUUAACGACGGAUGAAAAAGCAAGAAAACAGCCAAUCCUUAUAAAAUUCCAGCAUUAAACAUUUGUAAAGUGCUUUUCACCAUAGCAAGACUGUCAAGAGUAUAUGUGAUUAGAAUGUUGCAGAUUUCACACUGAAUCAAACCUCACUGGAGAAGAGUUCACUCAUUUUUAACGGAUCUUGGCUCUGUAAGCUGUCACUUGUGCACAUUUUGAAUAUGAUCAUUCUUGCCAAAUAUGACUUUUAAUGUAUAUGUUCCUUCAGAACGCAAGGAAAAUCCUCUUUGGUUCAUGUAUGAAUAAAUGUUCUGUCAAUGUUCUGUUCAGGUUUUUAAAGAAAUGCCAUGUUCUAACUUAAAACUGCAAAAAAAAGUCUGGUAGAUACUUUUCUUCCUGGUUUUUUGAGGCCAGCCUGCCACGUUUGGAUUAUAACAAAAAUAUCAGGCCCCUUUGCACUACUGGAAAAGGAUCUCCUCGUGACACGUGCACACUCACUCUAGGUGGUCCUUCUCUAAACAUCUGUUCCUCCAGAAUCUAAAUUGUAGAGUAGGACAGAUCAUUGCAGCACAGCCCCACUUCCCAAACCUGCUCCUUACCUUUAGGAAUAGGAGCCUCAAUUAAAAAAAAAAAAUCAAAGCAAAUCUUGUAACCAGUAUUUUUCUCAUGUUUCAAAGUGAGAGAUUUGCAAU